AUAUUCUAAACAUUGUCCCUCAUUGAUUAGCUGAAAACAGCCUCCAACCACCUCAACACAAUACUCAAAAUGAACACCACCACUACCACCGGAAAACUUACCAACGGCCACCGGCUUGUAUUACUCCCAUUACCGUUUCAAGGCCACCUGAACCCGAUGCUUCAACUGGCAAACAUACUUCACUCCAAAGGCUUCUCAAUCACCAUCCUCCAUACUCGUUUCAACUCCCCUAAUCCCACCAACUACCCUCACUUCACUUUUCUACCCAUUCCCGACACCGCCGGUGAACCGAAUCCUUUGAUCUCUGACGUGGGAAUGGUCAUACGUUUUUUGCACUACAUCAACAUCAGUUUUGUUGAUCCCAUUCGAGGGUGUUUGGAGCGGUUGAUGUCGGAGGAUGAUGGAGUUGCUUGCUUGAUCACAGAUGCUCAGUGGUUUGGUAUACAGAGUGUUGCCGAUGAGCUGAAACUUCCGAGGAUUGUUCACCGGACUAGCAACAUCUCGUCUUUUCUUUUCUUUGCUGCAUAUUCUCGGUUAACUGACACUGGUUGUUUUGGGAGUUUCUCCGAUGAAGAAACGAAGUCAAAAUCAUUGGCCAAGGGGCUUGAGCCACUUAACCAUCAAGAUUUAUCAAAGUUCCUUACUAGCGAUCCAGAAAGUGCGUGUAAGGUGAUAGAACUCAUGGUCGAAGGAACCAAGCGAGCACGUGCAGUGAUAUGGAACACAUUCAAAGAACUAGAAGAAGGUGAACUCGAAGCUCUUAGCCAAGAUUUCCCUAACCCACAUUUUCUAAUAGGACCAUUUCACAAGUACUUCCCCGCAUCCUCAAGCAGCCUCCUAGCACAAGACCAAACAUCCAUUUCAUGGUUAGACAAACACCCACCUAAGUCCGUGUUAUAUGUAAGUUUUGGGAGUAUAGUUAAGCUUGAGAAAUCCGAGUUCCUAGAGAUCGCAUGGGGUUUGGCUAAUAGCAAGCAACCAUUUUUAUGGGUUGUUAGACCAGGGUCCAUAGGAGGAUCAGAGUGGCUCGAACCAUUACCAGAUGAGUUUUUGGAGCGAAUUGUAGAAGGUAGAGGGUAUAUUGUGAAAUGGGCUCCACAACAAGACGUAUUAGCUCAUCGUGCAACAGGUGGUUUCUGGACUCAUAACGGGUGGAAUUCAACGCUUGAAAGUAUUUGUGAAGGGGUUCCAAUGAUUUGUUCACCGGCUUUUGGUGAUCAACUACCAAAUGCAAGAUAUGUAAGUGAUGUGUGGAAGAUUGGGGUGGAGUUACAAAAUGGGUUUGAAAGAGAGGAGAUUGAAAGUGCAAUAAAGAGAGUAAUGGUCAAUGCUGAAGGGUUAGAGUUUAGGAAUAAAAUCACAAAUUUAAAAUGGAAAGUAAACCGUUGUCUAGAGAAAGGUGGCUCUUCUUAUUCAUCACUUGAGGAUUUGGAGUGUUUGGAGCGGUUGAUGUCGGAGGAUGAUGGAGUUGCAUGCUUGAUCACAGAUGCUCAGUGGUUUGGCACACAGAGUGUUGCCGUUGGGCUCAAACUUCCUAGGAUUGUUCACCGGACUAGUAGCAUCUCGUCGUUUCUUUUAUUUGCUAAGUCGCUGGCGUUACUUGACACGGGUUGUUUCUGGCAAGGAUCCGAUGAAGGUAACCCAAUGGCAAAAGGCGAGCCUAUACGCCUUCGAUCGCAGAUAGCGUUGGAUACAGUGACGGACCCAGGAAAUAUUUUCAAGAGACGCGAACGAGGGGUUUAACCAAAGUUUCAAGAAGUGCGAUCAUGUUAUUUCCCUAUAAAAUUAAUACACUAUUUUUUUUUAAAGGGGUGCGCCCGCCCACCCAGACCUCUACCUAGGCCCGCCUCUGGCUGGCUAGCCCAAGCUCACCAUAUCUAAUUCUGGGGAAAACUGGCCUGAAUUUUCACUACGGUAAAACCGGUUAUGAUAGGAAUCGAACUUAAGACCUAUGAUCACCUUUGACCCAAAUCUUCACUUCCCUGUAGCUCAUUCACUCAGUUAUGUGUUUAGAUUGGGCCAAAUAAUUUAUAAGAAUAAAAUUUAAAAAAGUAUGUGUUUAGAUUAAAAUUCCAGGAUG